AUGCUGAUUGCUGGAUCUGUCAUGUUAGGUGUUGCAAUUGCGAGUAUUCCCCCAAUGCCACCAUUCGAUGAUAUUCCAACAACUACUGCAGCUCCUGUUUUAACACCAACUGUAAUUUUCGCCACUUCUCUCAUCAGUGGAAUUGCCUGGAGCCCUGACUACACUAACUCCAACUCUGCUGCUUAUAAAACUUUGGCAACUGCUAUUUCCAACAAUUUUGGAUCGGCACCGUUAAACACUCAAGUUAAUGCAUUUACACAAAACCAAAAUGGAGUCAAUUUCUACGCAGAACUGGUGUACCCUGACACUUCUGCCACAACCUCUUCCGUCACCAAUGCACUCUCCUCUCUGGGUUACUUGACCAAUACUUUUAGUAGGCACCCCGCAGUGUUCAAUACUGAACGAAAAAAAAAACUUCCAGCAUCAUCCACAUCUCAAUGCUCCGGACUUGUUCCACCAGUCCAACAACAAACUGUAAAUCCAUCAAACCCAUCCAGUGGACCAGCUACCACAACAGUCCCCAUGAAACUUGGAGCUGUUUGUGACGCCUCUUCAACUCCAUUGAAAAAUAUCUUCUUGGUUGAUGUAUCCGUUCCAAUUAUCGGAACAUUGGAUGAUAAGCUGAGCAAAAUUCAAAAUUAUUUGAAUAAUGCUGCGUCACUGGUCAACUUGGAUCAAACAGCGGAUUGGAACAACCAAGAAUUCCGACUUGUGAUUUAUGGAGGCAAUGAACCAACACCAAUGGGACGUGCUCACAACCAGGCGGCAUGGAGCAACGUAGUGACUAACCUCAACUCUUCUAUCGUUAACCCAAUAAAUGCAGACGGACAUCAACUGACCGAUGCUCUUCGAUUUGUGUUCAACAAUUAUCGUCCGGUUUCAGGAGUUGCUGGUAACAUUAUUGUUGUUGCUGAUGGAUUUGACUUCGAUGAGGCUCAAUCCGCCACUCCAAUUGCCAACGCGUUGAAAAACCAAUACUACUUCUCUCUCGGCCUCAUUUUGAUGACCACCUCCCAAGCGCAACAAGGAAUUGUGUCUCAACUUGCUACCGAUUAUGCUCAUUUCUACCCGAUCGACUCUGUGGAUUACUUGAUGAACACUGCGGUUCUUCAAUCUCAAGCCCAAUGGAUUUGUGGUGCAUACUACCCAACAGCGGCGCCUCCAACACCUCCGCCAACUAGAAUUCCAUUGAUCACUACUAUUGGUACCACUACUAACCCGGGAGUUAGAACCACCAUGAAUCCAUCUUUCCCACCAAUUGCUAACUGCAAGUUGAAUGUGCUGUUCUUGAUUGACCAAUCUCAGACACUCCUUUUGAAUGGAGGCUUUAAUAAUGCCAUCCAAUUCGUUAAGAGCACUGCUGAAGCCCUUGCCAGCUACAACUCACAAACCACUUUUGGUUUUAUUGUAUUCAAUGGAGUUAUUGUUUCUGAAUCAAGUGGUUACCUAAUCUUAUCAACAUUCACGUCAGGACUCAACAACAUUCCACAAAUCGCGGGUAACUCUGAUGUCACUGUUGGAUUCAAAGAGGCUCUUAACUUCAUCCAAAUCAAAUCUCAAUACAAUGAUGACUCUGUCACUUCUCUUCUGUAUUAUAUUACUGAUGGAAAUGACUACACUGGAACUAUUCCUAACGUAUUGAACACUACUUUGAACAUCCGUUCAGCUUUACAAACUGAAAUCAUUGGUGUUGACCUUAUUGAGACUACUCAAUCCAAGGCGAAUGUCCAAAAAGCUAUCCAAUAUGGAGUUUACGAUGGAAACGCACAAUCCGUAUAUGUUGGAGUCAACCAACCUAGCGAUGUACUUGACCCCAAAGUUUUGAAUUCUACAAACUACCAACUGACAUGCAAGGACUUCUCCAAUUGCUACACAGGUCUCACUUUCGUGAUUGAAACUUCUGAAGCUGAGGGUUCGAAUUAUGUGGAUGUGCAAACCAGAGCUGUGUUGAACUUAUUGAGCUACUACAAGUCCCAGAUUUCUCCAUUCAAAAUGUCUGUGUCCUUGAUCUACUUUUCUGCUCCAGAUAACUUGAAUCCAAAUCAAUCCGGGCAGAGUGCAGUGCUUCUUGAUCAUGUCACUGAUGCAAAUUCUGCUAUCAACACAUUGAACACCACUAUUUUGCCAUUGGGAGCCACUUCUGACCUUCAACUUGGAUUCUCCAUGACCGCCACCAAUCUUCGCAGUGGCUACUUGCAAAAUAAUAACCUGGUCAUUUUCUUCGCCCGCGGUGCUUAUGAACAAUACUCCAACUGUUGCCCGGACCCAUCUGCCGAUGCAGCAGCUGUCAGACAGUUGUCCACUGUUCAAGGAGUGGUCAUUGGCCCCUACCCAUCAAAAAGUCAACUUGAUUCAUUGACCGGAUCGAAUUCGAUUGAUGCCAAUGCACUUAUUGGAAACAAUCCUUUGGAUACCGCUGAUAACCGCACUACUGCAGCUAAACAAGUUUCUGAUGCAAUCCUACCAGUUAUCAACACUUUCCUCAAUAACCAAUAUUGCCCUGGUAUCCCACAAUUUGUCAGUCCACCAUGUGAAGACCCAAUUGACACUCUCAUCCUCCUUCAUGCCGAUGACAGAAAUAAUUGGAACUCCAUUCUAAAUUUCACAGCUAACCAACUCAUUCCUGAUCUUUUGGGUGCAACUGGAGCAGUUUCAUCAAGACCGUUGACUACAUCUACACCAAUUAACUUUGCCAUUGCAUCUUACUACUACUUGGAUGUUUUAAUUCAUGCCGAUUUCACCUACCUCCUCAGCCCGUCUGACUAUCAAAACCUGGUCAACUCAAUCUCUUUUCGUCCAACCCCGGGAACCGCUACUUUGUCUAUCAUCAGCGACAUGGAGAGCGCAUCCUCUGAACACGAUGCUAUGGUACAGUUGGUUGGAGGAUACACAUCUGUCUUGUCCAUCAAUACCACUUCAAUCCCAGGUGCUGACUAUCAAGUUAAUAUCAAUCCGUUCCAGUUAAAUGGAAACAACAAAUAUACUAUCCGACAAUUGGCCAACUCCCUCACUCAGCACACAUGCACUUAUCUACCACUCCAACCACCAACUCAACCACCAGUCUCACCAAGCCCAACCCUACCUGGACCGAUUCCAGUUGUGAAGGCUAGAAGUGUCUGGCCAGACAUCACAAUUCUGGUUGACACUUCUAUUAGCUCUGAUAAUGCAAUGACUGAUGUGAUGUUCGAGAAGAUCCGUGCAUUCCUCGACAUCCUUCUUAUUAAAUAUUCAGUUGGAGAAAAAGGAUCGAGAUUUACAAUUGCUACAUAUGACGGAGACACUGUGCAGUAUUCUUGCAAAUUCGCUCAGACUAACAAUUACUACGAUUUGAGCUCUUGUAGAAAUGAGAAGUUCUCGUUCUUUUCUAGAUCCCAUCAAAACUACAGAAAUGUUGCCAGCGCUCUUACUGACAUCCGCCAAAAUGUCUAUGAAAACACCACUACUGGAUACAGAUCACUUAACGAGAAUUUCUUGAUCAUUUUCACACUGGGAACGUCUUCCUCCUCAUUCUCCCAACAACUCUCCAACAUCCAACGCAAAGGAAUCCACACUGUUUCUAUCGGUCUCUCAUCCACAAUGUCUAACUCUGACUUGUCCACUUUUGCUCAAUCCGCCUAUAUGGUAUCUGACUGGAAUUCAUCUUACACUGGAAUUGAUACUAACUAUGACUUGGCUGAUAGAAUUUAUCAAACCACUACUAGGAAACGUUCCCCUUCGUCAGCUAAUUUCUAUGCCAACCUUAUUUAUAUCGUUGACCAAUCUGCAAAUACCUACGCAGACCAUAGUAACAUAGUGCAAUUUGUCUCUGAUUCAGUUACACCAUACCUUGUUGGACCAACAAAAACCCAAAUCAGUAUUGUGCCAUUCGCGGACAAUGUCAUCAACCCAUUGCAACUCACAGCUUCUCCACUGGUCGUAGAUCAAUUCCUUGGAUCUUGGAAGUCAUCUCUAUCAUCUACCUCUUACACAGCCAAUGUUGGAAAUGCUAUUCAAUAUGUGUCGAACAUGAUUGGAGCUACACAAGACAGACCAACUUACGUAAUUUAUGUUGUUGGAGCUACAAAUCUGACUGGAACAGCUAACUCAAAACAACUACUGAAAAACAGUCAACUUUAUGUUGUCAACUAUAAUAUCUCCUCCAGCUCUAGUUUCAAUGAUUUGGUUUUUGAUUUGAAUGCUAUUUUCUCAGUCUCAUCCAGCAAUGACUUGAUCAAUCGGGUAGUUUCUAUGACUGUCUCCACACCAAACCCAAUUCUUCAACUCACCACUGAUAUUAGUGACAACCAAGAAGCCAAUGAUCAUGUUACCUUCCCGCUAUCCUCCAUUGCUGCUGAUAUUGUGUUCCUCCUUGAUGAGACUGGUCUCACUGACUCUGAUUUCUCGGUUAUGAAACAAUUCCUACAAGAUUUCACGGCAAAGUUCACUGUUGGCCUGCAGUCUACACAAUUUGCUCUGCAGACUUAUAACGGAAGAACUAUUCCUCAUGAUGGAUUUCAUUUGUUCGAGUCAACAAGCAAUGAUGUUGUGAAACAGAGAAUCCAACAGUUAACACUUGCAAAGGCCACUGAGAACUCAACUGAUGCCGACUUGGCAGGAGCUAUUGAGCAGGAAAUCUACUUCUUCCUUACUGAAGCUAACGGGUGGAGAGACGAUGUCACAACCUACACAAUUAUUCUCUCUCAUGCUGACAGUUUCUACACUAGAGACACUGAUACAGCAAUGGCAGUGAAGAACGUUUCAACUGUGUUUGCACUCGGACUGAACAACAUGCGAUUCGAUUAUGUCGGCAACUUCACUAACACUGGUUUCUAUGAAACUGUCUACAACGUUUCCUCCCUUUCCAUCAACUCACCAGCAGUUUAUGAUCUAUUGAUCACAUUGGAUAAUAAUUACAAAAACACCAUCUAUCCGGAGCCUACGUCUGCAAAGAAUGCUAUCAAGGCUGAUUACAUUUUCUUAAUUGACAACGCCCUUGGAUCAGGUUUCACCCAAAAUGUGCAAAAUUUCCUAAACAGUUUUGUGGAUAAUGUCGGAAGCUUCUCAUCAUCUGGAAACGACACUAAACUUGCAGUUGUCAGUUAUGGAAGAGCCGUCAACACUGUUUGGAGUUUGACAGACUUGCAAGAUAUUGUUUCAAUUAAGAGUCAAAUUUCACACUUUCAAAUCACAGGCUCCACGGGCACUAGUAAUUUGAGAAGAGCAAUUGACUCGGUUAUUCUGAAUGAGCAAGAAUUCGGAGUAGACCCGAACCGACCGAACUAUAUUAUUAUCAUUACUGGAUCACAAACUAUUUCCCCGAACAUUGAUGGAGCCACAUCAAGACAUCUCAACACAAGAUACUCAACUUUCGUUAUCCAGACUAACUUUGAUAACACCACUUAUACCUACACACCACAGGUUCUCGGAACACAACUGACAUCUGAUAGAGUAGCGCAUAGCCCUGAUUUGCAAUAUGAAAGUGCUAGGCUCUAUGGGUUGCAGCAAUGGAUUUCGAAUGAAUACGCCGCCUGGUCCCUGACGUUUCCAGACAAAUCAUAG